AUGAUGCUACGAUCGAAAUCCAUCUCCGCGACCUUGCUCGCCUUGAGCGUUCUCUUCAGUGAAGCUCAAGGAUUUUUCUGGCAAGAUAAACACACAGUCAUCGGCUACGCAACAGUCCCCUCAGAGGAGGCCCAGCGCAUCAAUGCAGACAACAAGGUACACGUGAGGGAAACCGACAGCCUCACGCAGCUCGGACCUGGCUUUUUCAUAGUCAGCGAACCUGAUAGCUGGUUCGGUGGAGAAGACAGUUGGUUCUGUGCCGUCAUGGCGAAAGGGAAGAAGAUGAAACAGAUCCCCAAAGCCUACAUCCCGAAAUCCUACGAAGUGAAGACCUGGAAUGGCUGGGUGGAGGAGUACCUCUGGGGCGCGCGCGAACAAUCUAUCGUGGAGUAUAUCAGGUCGGAGUUAUCGAUCAAGAAGGCCGAUGAAGCGCUGCGCGUCUCCUGGGUGAAAGGGAUGGCUUGGCAUCUGCAUAUGCUUAUUCCAAAGAAGGUGGUGGAGAACGACAAUCUGGAUCUAUGGGCCCAAUGCUUCGAAACCAUAGAUGAGCUGAUGGCGUUUUCGGACGAAACCAUCAAGUGGGAGGAUUGGAAGAUCAAGGGAGAUCCUGGACCCAAGGGCUUUAGCCGAACGGGAAGCUUGAGAAAUACAGGAGAAGAUCCUAAUGGACCGCCCUCGAGCCCAGUGCUGAGCUCGACAAAUGUACCUUUCCUAGAGUCUGUGUAG